CUCGAAUUCUUUCCACGCCCCGUGCUCGACGCGACCAUCUCUUUCCCACGACGUGACGCAAGGACAGCCGAAGCCAUGGACGCCGCGACUAUCGAGGAGACGAACCGCAUCCGCGUGUCGCUGGGCAUGAAGCCGCUGCCAGUGCCCGGCGCCGACACUACGCAACAUGACAGCAGCGACGCCUCCGACAGCGACGGCGAGCCCCCGGCGAGCACGCUGGAGACCCGGCAGGCCCAGGCGUACGACAACUACGCCAGCCACAUGGAAGCUGAGGCUCUGAAAAAGAAACGGGAGGAGCGCGCGGCUGCCAUUCGCAAGGCCCGCGAGAAGGCCCAGCGCUUUGCCGCCCUCGAAGGCCACGGGCUAGGCGAAGCUGAGCAGGGCAGUGAGCUCGACGCCAAAUCAUGGCUCAUGGGCCAGAAGAAGCGCCAAAAGAAAAUCGCAAAGGCUCGGCAGCUCGAGGAGGAGUUGGCGGCCGCGGAAGCUGCCGCCGCCGCCGCUGUCCAGUACACCUCCAAGGAUCUUGCCGGUAUCAAGGUCGCUCACGACUCCUCGGCCUUCCUCGAAGGAAACGACCAGGUCCUCACCCUCAAGGAUACUACGAUAGACGAGAAUGAGGAAGAGGGUGAUGAGCUAGAAAACGUGGAUCUCCGGGACCAGGAAAAACUAUCAGCUCGGUUGGACCUCAAGAAGCAGCGCCACGGCUACAAUCCUAAUGACGACGACGAUGAGGAAAGGGGCAUCCUCGCUCAGUAUGAUGAGGAGAUUGAUGGAAAAAAGACCAAAAAAUUUACGUUGGAUUCUGAUGGCGCCAUUGCCGAGCUGUCAGAUAUACUGGGGCAGCCGGCACCAAAGGCCAACAAGUUGCAAAGUGUCAGCCUGGACGAUGUUCUUGGCGACGCCCCCUUAUCCUCUGACUACUUGGCACCAUCAGAAAUCAAGGUCAAGAAACCCAAGAAGAAAAAGUCCAAGGGCUCACGGCAACGACAACGUGAUGAGGACGACUCCUUCCCUUUGGAACCGGUGGAAGCUGAAGAGAACUCUAUGGACAUCGACAACAAGGAUGCCACGAGUGGUACCAAACGCAAAGCGACGACAGACACGUUUGUUGACGAUGAUGAUCUUCAAGCCUCUUUAGCCCUGCAGCGGAAGUCUGCGCUGAAGAAACGCAAGAAGAUGCGGCCAGAGGAUCUCGCCAAACAGUUAAAGGAGCAAACAGACGAGCCAUUGGACGAGAGUCAGAAUGGCGGAUUGGUAAUCGGGCAGACCUCCGAGUUUGUCGCGGGACUCACCAAGCGUGAUGAGGAGGAAGAAAAGAAGCCCGGGCGACAGAGGAAGGACGAGGCUCCAGAGAGCAGGGCUGAUUGGCUAAGCCAUGGUGAUGAUGAAGACCACCCAAUGGAGGAAGCGGACAACGUCGACAGCCGUGACGGAACGGCAACGGAAAGGAGAUCGGAAGCUCCCGACGACAACCCUAUUGAAGAGGAGAAAGCAGUCGGAAGUGGCAUGGGAGCGGCUCUGUCGCUGCUGCGGGAGCGAGGCUUAGUUCAAGAGGUAGGGGCAGACGGCACGCACGAGAGCCUUCUCCGACGCCAGGAGUUCUUGAGGAAAAAGCAAGAGCUGGAAGAGGAGCUGGAUGAAAAGGCGCGGCAGCAGAGAGAGCGGGACCGAUCAAGUGGCAAGUUGGACCGCAUGUCGCGCGCUGACCGGGAGGAGUAUGCCCGCCAGCAGAAUGCCUGGCGUGAUCACCAGCACUCGCGGCGCGUCGCGGAGCUCAUCACGGCGACGUACAAGCCCAACGUGCAGCUCAAGUACACGGACGAGCACGGCCGCAGCCUGGACCAGAAGGAAGCGUUCAAGCACCUGAGCCACCAGUUCCACGGCAAGGGCAGCGGCAAGGGCAAGACGGAGAAGAAGCUCAAGCAGAUUGACGACGAGAAGCGGCGCGAGGCUCAGAGCCUGUUUGACGCGAACCAGGGCAGCGCCAUGAACGCCGCGACGGCACAGCAGCUGAAGAAGCGGAGGGAGGCGGGUGUCCGACUUGGGUAAGACGAUGAAGAAGACUCCGGGUCGCGGUGCCCCAAGGUGCGCUGCCUCGACCGGACCAACCCAGAACGGACAUGAUUAGCAGCCAACACAAGCUUCCUCCCCGCCCGCUCUUGCGGGUUCGGAACGAACAAGAGAGACAAAAACUACCGAAAGACGCGCGACUGCGUAAGCCAUGAAUGAACACCCAUGUACGGUGAGGGUUCUGUGUGUUUGCGUCCAAGCCAUGAUACCCUCACACACACACACAAGUACGCAUGCACGUCGGUAUCGCGCAUGUCCUCGUACACUUGUUGAGACCGCGGCGGCAUAAAGUUAUGCCGCCGGGCUCGUUUCCCGUAGUCUGCCUGAUCUUUGUGUGUUGAAGCGUGUGGAGUGAGUCUGCUGGGCCACUGUCGUGGCCAUUUUCAGGCCAUCUCGUGACAGGUCAUUCAUUGCUUUCACUGGUGAGACCUCCACCACCGAGGCGUCCCAAGUAUCUUCUCAUCCUACGAUGAGCACCAAGCCAAGUCUUGCGAAGAGUUGGUUGUACAUCUUUACUUUGUAGUCUAUAAAAAGAUAACCGCGCGCGCGCGCGCGCAUUUUGUUUCAUUCGCU